AUGUCCACAAUCCUCAUACCCCUCUACAUCUACCCCUCCUUCUCGUCCUCGCACGAGUCCUCCGGCUGGGCCCCGCUCUUCCGCGCCCUCACCACGGCCCUCACCAAGAACCCGUCAUUGGAGUUUCUGGUGGUUAUCAACCCCGGCAACGGACCGGGACCCGACUACCCCAUCCCCAACGCCGAUUACCGCGCGGCUCUAUCCAAGCUUUCCGACACCACACAAUAUCCCAAUGUGAAGGUUAUUGGCUGGUCGGGACCAUCGAGAUCGAGAUGCGAUAACUGGCAUUGUCAACCCCAUCACAUGACUUCACCAGCAUCGUCAUCAGGAGGAUCACCGACAUUGCAUCGCAUCGCAUUGCCCAUCACUAGCAAUCACCCGCCGGUGAACACGGGUUUAUGGCAACAUUGCACCAUUACCUCCGAGUCUCCGAUCCAGCAGCCCGGCAAGGACAUCUCUUACGACGCCCGCCGAGCCGCCGAUCACGGUUACCAGUGGCUCUUAAAGAUCGCCGGCGCUUGGACACCACCUUGUCCGCACCUUCGGGUUGUCCGCACCUUCGGGUUGUCCGCACCGUGUCCCCGGCCGGCCGGAGUCCGGGACACGCACCUGAGCCUGGAACUGUCAUCAUUAGCGGCACCGGGGACGACCUUGGUUCUUGUGCGCUCGGCCGUUUGGACCCUUCUUGGCUUGAUUUCAGUGUUUGACUCAGUGGAGCAUCUCCGCCGACAACAACCCGCUGCCGAUCCGCUCGCCGAGAACAACCAAUUCUCCGGUCCUAGGAAAAGCUUGGCCUCCACUCAGUUUCCGAAUGGGGCCUCCUCCACUGGGAUGUCAAAAGAUCCGGAGCUAUCGACCGAAGCUCAGCUGGAAUUGCUUCUGGAGCUUGCUGAGAGACCCCACUCCAUUUUCGCCUCGGGAAGAAGAAAAAUCGAGACUUCAGCUGCCAUUGCUUUGUUCCGAGGCAAAAGAGCCCUUGAACCUUGUUCUACAUUUCUGGAGACUCUAGCACACUGGUGUUUCUCCCGAAUUUCGGGCCUUGUGUGGAGGAGUCCUCAUGCUCACGGACCUCAAGGUUGGCGGUCAAUGUCUGAGCGAAAAGCAACCGAGAUUUCGGAUUUCCCAAACUUGCUUUUUCCGUCUGUUUUUUUGGCGAGUCCGCUCCGCUCCAACCCGGCUCGGUUCCAACCCGGCUCGGUCCCAGCCCGGGCCCGGCCCCACGGGGAUCUUGGCGGGGAGGAUCUCAAUUUACCCUUGUUUUUUUUCAAGGGGUCCCUGUCCUUGUUUGCUGGCAAGCAGACUGGGAUAAGGAGCCUCAAGGACCCUGUCUUGGCGAUCGAUACGAGACGUCGUGCAGUGCACGGCCCACUCUUGCGUUUCGUCCCACUUCCCGCUUUGUGUAUCAGUCGUACCAAAGCGAUCCGCUUGGACGGCAUCUUUGUCGACGAAGUCCCAAUAGACGCCCAGUAUCUCGACUACCUCCAGCGCAUCACGGACAGUGUACGGUCCGGCUUUGCUGAGGUUGCAUCUCGCCGGAGCCAUUGUGAUAAUAUUAAUAGCAGCGACAACACUUCCUUGUCAGCACCAUCGUCAUCGACAACAUCCUCGACAACCGGACUGGGCAUCGUGAUCCACAACCCAGGCAUCUUCCCCUCGGCCGACUCCUCUGACGCCUUCUUCUCUCCUCGCCUGGUGGAUUACGUGGUGGUGUUUGAGAACUGCCUCGCCGCCUGGUGGGACUCGGGUGACUAUGUCAACGCUAACCUCGCUCUCUUGACGCCCGAGAAGCGGGCCAAAGCGAUAGCUGUUGCUCACACCUGCGGCUGUGGUCCAAAAAGCCAAGCAGGUGGUAGCAGUGGCGGCCGCCCCCAGCAGCCAGAUUCAGGAGGUCACCAUGCCGCCGACGCAGAGAAGACCGAAGGCAGUGAAAAAGAGGCCAUCAAGAAGAAUGUGCAGAACUUCUUGGACGAGGUGGUCACACAGCAUAAACUUGCCGGACACUUUGCCACGUCUGCUACUGACUAUGCGACGUGGUGCUCGGGUUGGGAAGGUUAUGUGGAGGUGGCGUGUGACUUGGGCGGCAGCAACACGUUGACGGGCGAGGCCAGUGAGGAAGGGCUCCAUGGCUGA